AUGUUCUCGAAUGAGCAACUGGUUAGCCCCGACUUUGAUGAGGUGGCAUACCUGCGUUAUGCACUGCGCUCCGCCAACUACAACGCCGAACACGCACGGCUCGAGAGCUGCAUCGCGGGGGUGAAGAGGGACAUACAGUCCACUCUCGCCGUGCAUGCAGACAGCCUCAUUGAUCAGGCGAGAUGCACUUAUAAGACACAACACGAGGUGACAGCGGUGCGCCAGAGCACAGAUGCGUUGCAGAAGGCAGCUGGGCGGCUUCGCAUUAUGAUCGAGGAACCGUACAUGCAGCUGCAAAGCCGUGUGAAGGAGUUGGAGGCAACACAGGAGAUAAUGCAGCUACUCCAGGCAACGCUGCGCUUCAUUUCACUUGUGGCGCGACUACAAGAGCAGCUCGCUACCACUUCCGCCCUCGACAUUGUGCGCUCCUCGUACACGCUAAAGGAGUUGGAGGAAGUGCUUCAGGACGGUGCGAUUCGAACCCUGCAGGUGGUCGAGGCGCAGCUGCCCGCGGUGGAGCGGCACGCGACGACCAUACGGAGCAAGGCGCACGAGCUGCUUGCUAUGACAGAGCUAACAGCGCCACCGAACAGCACCGGCGCCGCCGGUGCUGUCACGUCCACGACUGCCUCCACAUCCCGUCUGGCAGCUCAGGUGAGCACUGGGUUGCAGUGCGCCUAUGUAUUGUGCAUGCUCUCUCGAACCGUGCAGAGCUUUAUGACAGAGCGGCGUCGUGAGGUGCUGCGCACCAUCAUGCGGGAGCUCGAUGUGCAGGCCAUCGAGGAGCACAUCUCCAGCGAGUACAAUCGUCUUUCCCGCUCUGCGCUCAGCGGCCAAAGUGGCGCGGUGUCAGAACAAGCGGUGACGGCGCAUGUCGUGCUGCAGCGCAUUCAGAAGACUCUGUUUAUCGCUGUGCAGCACACCCGAUGCGUCAUUUUGCUGUGGCGCUUGCUGCUUCAGCGGCGCGACACGCAGAGCCAAGAGGCGUACCUGUUUUCCAUCGACUCGCCGGUGCAGCUCCUCGUGGAGUACUGGUCCACCAUCACAGAAAAGCUGCGGGAGCGGAUGAACAGCUUGCAGAAGCGGCACGCCAUUCGACUUGCCUUGGCGAGCGCUUACCCGCGUUACCACCAUCUGCUUGUCAGCUUCCUCAGCCGAACUGAUGUGGCGGCUGCGACAGAGGGCCCGCUGAAUGCUGGCGCGCCGGGUGGGGCUAGUACUGAUUCCGUCGGGUCUACGGCGGCGGGUGGAGCUGGCCCAGCUGCGGCCUUUCUCUCGAUCUACGUCACGCAGUGCGGCAUGGGAGACUACCUCGACUUGAUCGACGCCGUGGACGCUGCAGUGCGACGCGGCGUUGCAGGGGGUGGAGGACAGGGUGCUCCCUACAGCAUACCUGACGAAUCACCCUCUUCGGCGCUCCCAGGCACUGUGACGCUACCACGUACGGACACGCAGGACAUGCGGCGCACGUGGCUGUCACAGGUUAGCGACGAGGCACGGGACGGCUUUAGGACGCAUGUGCUGGACCGUCAUCGCGAGGUCAUUGGCGGUGUCUUCGCGCGCCUCUCCGGUGUUGUUCCGCCCUCUGCGGCAGCGGCCGGACAACCCGCCGCGGUCGCGCCGAUGCCCAAGCCCGGCAGCCCCCGACCAUCUAUUCCAGCCCAGGUCAAAAGUCUGGAUAUGGCGGUCUACACGCGUCUGGUCAAGCAGGAAAUGCAGACGUUCUGCCAGGAUCCGCACAUUCUUGAUGUUUUGCUCGACUGCGUCCUCUCCACUCUGCGUCAGGUUCGGGCAAAGUUGACCGAAGCGAUUAAGAAGUAUCCACUGCCGCCGCUCCCGGCAGUGACGGCUGUACCGACGCUGGCGCAGGCAAUGCACCUCUGCAUCGCGAACAGCUGCACUACCCUUGCGUACGACUGUGCGACUGUCCUGGUGAUGCUCCCUUACCCCACUACUUCACAGACGGCUGGGGGCGGCGCUGGAGCAGGAGGCACUACUGCCGCCCCCAAUGCCAUGAGUGGUACUCACCCACACGCUCACCAGGACCCCUACGCGCUGAUACUGGAGCAGGUUGGCACCAAGCGAAUGGAGCUGCAGCAGCUCAUUCAUGCGUUUCACAGCAUAAGCGAGCAGUCAACCAAGCCGUUUGCGGAAUCGGCGAUGGCGUUGCUGCUCCCAACGUUGACGCAGGCUGUCGAUAAUGUGCUUCGCCACGAGCUGGCACUGUCGUCUACGACUGUGUCUGCCUCAGCAGUGAGUGGAGAGGGAAUGCGAGUGAGUCCGGCGAUGCCACCGGGCAACAGCAGAGGAGGGGACAGCCGCAUGGCUCUUGUACAGCUCCAGUCACAAUGUCGCCAGUUCACAGAUCGCUUCUUCUUCCUGGUCGACGCGCGCACGGCGGGCUGGAUGGAGACCUGCCAGUAUGUCGCGGGUGCGCUGCUGGCGCGGUUGGUGACGCGGCUUGCCACAACGCCGCCACCGCCGACGCUGCGCGGCACACCACUCACCAUUGCACCUGCGUACGCGCACACACUGCAGGUGAUAGUGCCCCCGCUGCUUCAGUUCGUGCAGAUGGUUCAAUCUGCCGGAGAGGUGGGACGUACCACCUCUCUCCUCCGCGGUUGCGUGCGCCAAGUGGAGGGGUUCUACGAGACCUGCGGUGGACUGGACGCUACCAGCACCGGGGACGGCGCAUCGGCUGCCGCAGCGCUCCGGGCAGCGGUGCUGGAACGGCUGCGACCGCCAAUCCCGUACUUCUUUGCAAAGCUACUGGUGCUGCAGUACGGCCUCUUCACGAUUGCUUCUGCGCCCUCGGCUGAUUCGCAAGGUGCGGCCUCUCCGUCUGCCCUCGCUAGUGCACUUGGUGUGUCGGAGGAGGGUUUGUUGGAGUGCUUGGAAGGGGUGCUGCUUACUGAGAGUGUGGCGAGCACGAUUGCCGCCUCCUCGAGCGCGGAGGGCUGUGGAGCGCUGGCUGCUGGCGCCACUAGAGCGAAUCGAAAGGAAGAGGUGGUGGCAGCUGUGGAUGCGUGUUUUCUCAAAGUUGUCGCUGCAGCACCGGACGAGUCGGUGGCUUUCCUGCAAGAGCUAUGGGCCUCGAUUGACGUGAAGUAA